UGUACUCACUUGUUCUCAGUAUAUAUAUUUAGCUCUGUACUAAGGCAUUAUCGGACUUAAAAUGGCUCCAACAACUAUUACUGCAUUGGCCAAGGAAAAAACACUUAACUCUGAUUUUGUCCGGGAUGAGGAUGAGCGUCCCAAAGUUGCCUACAAUCAAUUCAGCACUGAAAUUCCCAUUAUUUCAUUAGCUGGUAUCGAUGAUGAUUCGAAUGGCAGGAGACCUGAGGUGUGUCGUAAAAUUGUUGAGGCCUUUGAAGACUGGGGGAUUUUCCAGGUAGUUGAUCACGGUAUUGACAGCGGUUUGAUUGCGGAAAUGUCUCGUCUGUCUCGUGAAUUUUUUGCUUUGCCUGCUGAGGAGAAACUUCGGUAUGAUACUACUGGUGGAAAGAGAGGCGGUUUCACCAUCUCCACUCAUCUUCAGGGUGACGAUGUGAAGGAUUGGCGUGAGUUUGUUGUUUAUUUUUCGUACCCAGUCGAUGCUCGGGACUACUCGAGAUGGCCUGAUAAGCCAGAGGGAUGGAGGUCUGUUACGGAGGUUUAUAGUGAGAAGUUGAUGGCGCUCGGUGCCAAGUUACUGGAAGUGCUAUCAGAGGCCAUGGGGCUUGAAAAAGAGGCUCUUACAGAGGCUUGUGUGAACAUGGAACAGAAAGUGUUGAUUAAUUACUAUCCUACAUGUCCCCAACCGGACUUGACACUUGGAGUCAGAAGGCACACGGAUCCGGGUACGAUUACCAUUUUGCUUCAGGACAUGGUUGGGGGGUUACAGGCUACCAGGGAUGGCGGCAAAACUUGGAUUACUGUUCAGCCUGUCGAGGGAGCUUUUGUCGUCAAUUUGGGUGAUCAUGGUCAUUAUUUGAGCAAUGGAAGGUUCAAGAAUGCCGAUCACCAAGCAGUAGUGAAUUCAACCUCUAGCAGAUUGUCCAUCGCAACUUUCCAGAACCCGGCUCAGAAUGCUAUAGUGUAUCCAUUAAAGAUCAGGGAGGGCGAGAAGCCAAUUCUUGAGGAGGCCAUGACAUACGCUGAGAUGUACAAGAAAAACAUGACUAAACAUAUUGAGGUAGCUACCCAGAAGAAAUUGGCCAAGGAGAAAAGAUUGCAGAACGAGAAGGCCAAGCUGGAGACGAAAUUUUAGCUUAGGCUUUGUCCAUUAUUAUAUCUAUGUUAUGUUUUUCGGGUUUGUGUAAUCUGCAAUAAUAGUGAAUAAGGCCAUUGUUAUACAAUGUCUAAAUGCUGCGUACUGUGAUCAGAGUACUGUGUUAAGAAAUUCAUACAAUCUCGUUCCUAAUCCUAAACUUUCGUGUGUUUGUAGUUA